CAUCGCACCAGGCUGCGUUUGACCUCAGUCAUGCUCAAGCCUCUGCCCACGACACUGCUAAAAUCCCAGAUGUCUGAGUCCAAGAUGAGUGCAGGCAGAUGGAGGGCCCCUCCGGUCUGCCUCAUUGCAGAGCCCAACCCAGCUUGUCCCACCUUGGCUACUGUGUGCUUUGCUCUAGUAGCAAAUGUGCUGGCCCUUGGGCUUGCUCGUGGCUUGCCCAACACCCCAGUAACUUGCUCUGCUUUCUUCCCAGCUGCCACGAUGCCCCUGUCUCAGAGCAGGGCUGGGCAGAUGCCGUGCAGCAGCAAGGUGUGCAGGAACCUCUUUGGCCCCGUGGACCACCAGCAGCUCCAGAAUGACUUUGAGGACCUGUUGAGGCAACAGCUGGAAGAAGCUCAGCAGCGCUGGAACUUCAACUUUGAGACGGAGACUCCCUUGGAAGGACACUUCAAGUGGGAGAGGGUCUUGCUGGCUGAGGAGCCGCCCCAGGAGGUCCACAGCCUUGUCAAGGCCACCAACAGUGAGAGCAGGAGCUCCUUGGUCCACAAGGUCCCCACCAAGGAUCAUCUUGGCAGGAUUUGCCCCGAGGGGUCUCAGCAGAGCUCGGAGGUUUACAGGGCUGGCUCCCCACAGAGCUUGAAACGUGGGCAGACCACCAUCAAAGACUUCUACAGCUCCAAGCGGAGGAUCGUCCCCGACAAGCCCAAGCCUGACAAGCCCAAGCUGUGACAUGGCGGUGCUCAGCUCCUCUGCCAUCGGGGACAACUGCCGAUGCUGGUGUGCCCUGGGGGUGUCCGUGGCUCCUUUUCCCCCCACCCUGUACUGUGUAAGCUGUCUGUAUGAAGCAAUGUAGA